GCCCGACCAGGUUAGCACAACCAAUUGGCGCCGGAGCGCCCGUUAGCACCGACCGGAGCUCAGAAAGCUUCUGAGCGGCGGACGUUGAGUAGCCCCAGAUAUUCCCCGGCCGCCAAGCCUGACCGCCAACGGAGCCACGUCGUCUUUCCCGCGGCUCCCCGAUGAGGCGUAGCCCCACGGCGGCGACCGGAGGCGGCCGGGACGCUAAAACCACCAGGAGGAGGUCCCAGGACAGCUGGGACGUCUCCCGGAGCCCUGUCUCCUUGGUAUCCUCCAGCGGCUGCAAGUCGUCGUCAUCGCCGUCGCGGUCAGCGACGACGUCGGGCCGGAACCCGGUCAUGAUUGCCGCCCGGGCGAUCGGGUCGUGCUUCGUCCCACAGGCUGUGAGGUCAGAGCAAGGGGACUUCUCGGAGGACUUCACGCCUCCUUUCACCCCAUCACGUAGUAGUUAUGGAAGCUCCCAUGGAAGCUCUUAUACUACCGAGAGGAGGCGAUCAGGCAGCAGCGUACGUAGUAUGCCAAGCGAUACUUCCCAGAGAAAGCCUGGAAGUAUGAUAUUCACCAUGGCGGAGAUCCACAAAGUGACGAAGAAUUUCUCCCCACUCCUGAAAAUUGGACAAGGUGGCUCAGGGACAGUCUACAAAGGCCAACUAGAUGAUGGUGCACUUGUUGCAGUUAAACGUGCCAAAAAGAAUGUGUAUGAUAAGCAUCUGAGCAUCGAAUUCCAGAAUGAGAUCCGGAUUUUGGCACGUGUCGAGCAUUUGAAUCUGGUCAGGUUCUACGGGUUUUUGGAAUAUGAGGAUGAGAGGAUUAUUAUUGUUGAAUUUGUCCCUAAUGGAACUCUUCGAGAACAUCUUGACUGUGGACGUGGAAAACCUCUGGACCUCUCUGCACGGCUGGAUAUUGCAAUUGAUGUUGCUCAUGCUGUCACAUAUCUUCAUAUGUAUUCAGAUCAUCCUAUCAUUCACAGAGAUAUUAAAUCCUCGAACAUCCUUUUAACGGAUAAUCUUCGUGCUAAGGUUGCUGACUUCGGGUUUUCUCGAUUUGGUGCGACCGAGUCUGAUGCUACCCAUGUUUCAACACAAGUUAAAGGGACUGCAGGUUAUCUAGAUCCAGAAUAUCUGAGAACCUAUCAACUCACUGAGAAGAGUGAUGUCUUCUCAUUUGGUGUAUUGCUGGUGGAAUUAUUAUCUGGGAGGCGCCCUAUAGAACCAAAAAGGGAACUCAAAGAACGGAUUACAGCAAAAUGGGCGAUGAAGAAAUUUGCAGAAGGCAAUGCGAUCCAGAUAUUGGAUCCAAAUCUAUCACCAAACCCACCGACCAAUCUCGCAGUAGAACGGAUCCUUGAGCUUGUACUCCAAUGCUUGGCUCCGACCAGACAGAGCAGGCCCAGCAUGAGGAGGUGUGCAGAAAUCUUAUGGAGCAUACGUAAGGACUACAGAAAGCUCUUGUUUUCAGACUCCUUCUCCCAACCAUCCUAUCAAAGGAAUGCUUAUCUAAACCAGAACAAGGAAGAGAAGAGCUGAUGGGGUGAAAAUUUUCAUCUUGGAAGGUCUAUUUACUUUGGAGAAGCUCGAUUAAAUUUGGGAUUGCUCAGAUGUGACACUGGAUCGGAUGUUCCUGCUAUUUACUUUUGACUGGUUUCAAAAUAAUUUUUUUUGAGGGAUUGUCAUUGUACUUGUGGUACAUAGGUUAGGCAAUUGCAUAUCCUUUCUUUGUAGGAAGUUUCUGUUUGCUUUCAUCGACAUGGGAGGUACCAUAAUUCCAAAAUGCUGGUUGAUAUGUUUUGCUUUGUGCUGUGUUACUGUAAUGAGGGGCCAUAUGAUGAAAUGAUAAAGCUGUAUAUUAUUUGCACAUCCA